AGUUAACUACUGGAGCAGCUAAUAAUUUGCCGUUGCAAUUCCAAGAAGGUGAAGGAUAUGGUCAGAGAGGUCAAAACGCGGCACUGCAUAGAGAUAAAAAGCCCAAGGCAAAAGAAAUUUGGCCUUGAUAAUAUCAAUCGCUAUUGUCCCUGUGUGUUUAUGUGAGGAGGACGCUGAGUUAGAUCGCAGCCCAUAAUUUUUCAAUCGUCCAUGGAUUCCAAUUCCCAAAGAACAGGUAACAAUCCUCCCGCUAAACCUUGGGAGCAAGCUGGGACCUCAUCAUCUGGCCCUACACCUUUUAAACCAUCAUCGCCUGGCAGCACCAGUAAUGUAGUUGAGGCAUCUGGAACAGCAAAACCUGGUGAAAUUGUUUCAGCUGCUGAUAGGAAUACAACUGCGGCUAGAAACUCUCUUGGUAGGCCUGUACCAACUAGGCCAUGGGAGCAGCAAAUGAAUGGGAGUUCAUAUGGAGGUUAUGGCUCUGGCCUGAAUUAUAAUUCUGGGUACGGUUCUGGAAUGCAUGGUUCUUCUUAUGGUGGAUAUGGAGGGACAUAUGGUAGUGGCUUGUAUGGAAACAACAUGUAUAGAGGAGGUUAUGGAGGUCUUUAUGGAGGUGGUAUGUAUGGUGGAGGAAUGUACAAUAGUGGUUUUGGUGGUCCAAUGGGGGGUUAUGGAAUGGGCAUGGGCCCAUAUGGUGAUCAAGAUCCGAAUAACCCCUAUGGUGCUCCAUCUUCUCCUCCUGGCUUUUGGAUUUCUUUCCUUCAAGUGAUGCAAGGUGUAGUGAACUUCUUUGGCCGGAUAUCAAUUCUGAUAGACCAGAACACCCAGGCAUUUCACAUGUUCAUGACAGCAAUGCUUCAGCUUUUUGAUCGCACAGGCUUAUUGUAUGGAGAAUUAGCCAGAUUUGUUUUGAGAUUGUUGGGAAUCAGAACAAAACCCAGGAAGGUUCAAGGACAAGGGCCUGAUGGCCUUCCUGCUCCUCGCAACCCCCACGGGAAUCAAAACUACAUUGAGGGUCCUAAGGGUGCUCCAAGUGGUGCAUGGGACAAUGUAUGGGGAGACAAUUAAGCUGGCAAUUUGCGGUUGACAGAGGAAGCAAAAUAGACUUGAGAUUACUAUGGAUGCGAAGCUGCUGGGUUUGGCUAGCUAAAUUAAGUCUACCAUUUGCUUGAAAUAAGUCUCUCUCUCUCUCUCACACACACACGCCCGCGCGCACACAAGAUGGCCAACAUCCACAAUUUGAUCAAAACCUUCCUGCUGAUUUCAUACCAAGUUCCCCAUAAUGUACAAAGGGGAGGGAUCAUUCUGACCACUAAAUGUUGGAAGCAGAAGAUGUUCGAUUAUUGGAAGUGAAGUUGUAACAUUAUAUUUGAAUAAAUGAUUAUUAUUUGAAGCAAAGACUGAUAGAUUUGUGUGCCUUAUAAGUAAAUGAUAUAUGAAGUAUAGUUUGAGAA